GCCAGCGCCUCAUUCUAAGAGCGAGCGAGAAGAAGGGCUUUUCGGAGUAAAGGCUCGGCUGCUGAGGCCUACCCGGCCAUUGACGCAUGCGCAGCAGGCUCAGUCGUUGCGCCUGCGCAGUCUUGCCAAGAUGAUGGCUGAAGAAGAGGCCUGAGAAGAGAGUGACAGUACUGGGCCAUGGCUCUUUUUGACACCCCUCAGGAGGCCUUUGGGGCCUUGCGCCCCAUCUGUAUCCAGCUGACCAAAGUCCAGACAGUGGAGAAUGUGAAGGAGCUCCAGGCCCAGCUCCAGACGGUCAGCGACUCUGCCCUACAGGAGCUCCAGGAGUACGUCCUCUUCCCUUUACGAUUCACCCUCAAGACUCCAGGGCCCAAGCAGGAACGUGUGGUCCAAAGCGUGGUACAGUGUGUCACCUUUGUGCUUUCGGCCACUUGCGUGAAGAAGCCCGCCCUCUUCCUGGAACUUUUCUCUGAGCUCUGCAUGUGCCUGGCGUCUCCGUCCGCUCCACGCCAGCUGGCCCCUUUGUCAGAGGAAUUAAAGCAUUCUGUGAUCCAGUCCCUCCUGGCUUUGCUGCACUCAGCCUAUGGGGAUGUGAUCAUGUCCUUAUACCAGCCGCCCAACCUUCCCCACUUGGGUUUUGCUGUGUCCUUGCUCUUGUCCUUAGCCAAAGAGGAAAAAGCCAGGCAAAUCAAGCUCGCUGCCUUAAAAUGCCUGCGGACUUUUAUUUUGCAAUGUGACUGCCAGGAGUAUCACAGGCCUUUGGAUGAGGAAGACAAGAAGCAAUGUGGGGAUCUCUUUGCUUCUUUUCUCCCUGGAAUGUCCAUUACUCUCUCUCAGAUGAUCACAGGCGAUAUGAAGCAAGGCCAUAUGGUGGUCAUCUCAGCCCUCAGGGUCUUUUCUCAAGCCAUCAGCUUGGUCAUGGCCGAUGAACAGUUGGCACAGAUCCCUCCAGAAAAGGAGAAGAAACCGGCCUUGGAGGAGAGUAGAAUAUCAGAGCUUGUAGUACACAGAGGCCUGGAAUGGGCCAAAGGUACUGCAGCCAAACUCUCCAUCCUUAUCAAGAAGGUGGUUGCCUCAGCCUCUGUCCACUCUCACUGGAAGGUUAGGCAGGAGCUGGUUGAAACAGUUCAUCUCCUGAUGUUGACAUGCAGCCAGUCUUUAGUGGGAUCGGUUAGUGAACUCUUGAAAGCCUUAGUGAGUCUUGUGAAUGAUGAAAGGCCGGAGAUCCAGGCUCGGAGCAAUGAGGUCCUCAGGAGCAUCACAGUUCAGGGCAUGGUGGCUGAGAAUAGGCCUCUCACCAACAUCCUUUCGGAAGACCUUCACUCCCUGGCCACUGCUCUUCCUCGCUUAAUGAACUCGCAGGAUGACCAGGGCAAGAUUUCAACCUUGAACUUGUUGCUCGGCUACUUGAAGCUGCUGGGACCCAAGGUGAGUGUCGUCCUCAACUCUGCGUCCCACCUCCAGCGUCUCUCCAAAGCGCUAGUGCAAGUCCUGGAGCUGGAUGUGAGAGAUGUGAAGAUCGUGGAGGAGAAGCGCUGGAGCUCUGGAGGGCUGGAGGACCUGACUAAUCAUAGCGUCCACAGCAAGUACUUCCGGUUCUUCACGGACGAUCGGAUCCUGCCCCUCCUUCAGCAAAUCUGCCAGGUUCUUGGCUACUAUGGGAACAUCUAUUUACUUGUGGAUCAUUUCAUGGAGCUUUAUGGAGAGUCGGCUUUGUACCGAAAGCAGGCUGCCAUGGUUGUCAAUGAAGUAGUUGCGGGAGCUGCCGGGCUAGAGAUGGAUGGCCUCCAAGAACGGGAAGCAGUGCUAGGCACUGAGGAUCUCAAAGGAGUCAUAACGUCUGUGUUAGAAGAGUAUGUCGACCAAGCAAACUGGCAUUUGAUCACCAGCAUGGAGAGUGAAGAAGCUGCUGCAGAACUGGCUAUGAAAUAUUCUGGGCUUCUGGCUGUUGCAUCUGAAGUGCACAGCCAGCCCCUUCCUCCGUUGGACCCAAAGCCCACGGUCCGCUCCAUGAACAGCAACAUUUGGCAAAUCUGCAUCCAGCUAGAAGGGAUAGGCUGCUUUGCCCAAGCGCUCAAGAGGGACUUCCGCUUGCUGUUGCUCUCCGCCUUGUACCCAGUUCUGGAAAAGGCAGGAGACCCCACGCUGCUCAUUAGCCAGACAGCAAGGGGUACCAUGGCCAAGAUCUGCCUCACCUGCGGUUAUGGCUCUGUCCCUGAGCUCAUCAACCAGAACGCUGACUACCUGGUGAAUGGCAUCUCCCUGCACCUGCGCCAUGUGGCACAUGAGCCCCAUGCCUCACGGGUCUUGGAGGCCAUGCUCCGGCACUCGGACGCCAAUGUACUGCCUUUGGUAGAGGAUGUGGUUCAGGACAUUCUGACCAAGCUUGACCAGUGCCACAGUGACCGGGCCUCAUCUUUCCUCCGGGUCAUGCACACGCUGAUGAAGAUGCUAGUUUCUUGGUUCAAGGUGGAGCAUCCAGCAAGGAAGGGUUGGGAGCAAGAGCGUGGACCUUUGUUGGGGGCAGCCCAGCCACAAGAGAAACUGCCUGCCCUGCAGCCCCCAACAGCAAUGGAGAUGGAGGAGUUUUUCCAGGAAUAUGUUAAGCAGAAGCGGAUUGCAGAGGGUGACAUCUCUGAUUCGGAGGAUGAGGGGCAAGAAAAGCAAGUGCCAGUUGGCGAGUCCGAGGCUGCUGAGGACCCUUGUGAGGAGCAGAGCCAGUUGCCACUUUAUGCCCAGAUGGCCAAAGAUGUGACGGAGAGAUGUGUCCACUUACUCUCCGCCAAGAGCCUUUGCGUGCGACUGAAGGUCCUGGAUGUCCUGGAAUUAUGUGUGAUGGUGCUUGGUGCUCAUGAAAAUGUCCUUCUCCCUCUGGCACAUCGGGCAUGGCCUCCUCUUGUUCACCGCCUGACCAACGAUGACCCAUUGGCUGUACUCAGAGCAUUCAGGGUGCUGUGUACCCUGGGAGCCAACUGUGGCGACUUCUUGAGGCGGCGGUUCUCCAAGGACAUCUUGCCCAAGCUGGCAACUUCUCUUGCCAACCAGGCACCAGUCAGUGCCCGGGCUGGACCCAUCUAUAGCCACACUUUGGCCUUCAAGCUGCAGCUUGCUGUCCUCCAGGGCUUGGGCUCUCUCUGCAAGGCGCUGGACCUCAGUGAGAAUGACCUGAACAAAGUGGCGAACAUCUGCCUGCCCUACCUGAGUGCCAAGCAGCCAGCAAGGCUCCAGGAGGCUGCCUGCAGCGUCUUCCUCCACCUGAUGCAGAUGGACCCAGAUGCCACCUGGCUCUUCCUCAGCAAUAUCUGGUGCCCCCACACCUACCAGCCCCCCCACCCCAGCCUGGCACCCGUGAAUCUCCAUGGGAUGGCAAAGAAGCGGAACGAGUUCACCGACAAUGUGCAGCACCUGUUGGAUGUGCUGCACAGAGGAUCCUGAUGGGCAUCUUUGGGGUUUGCAGGUGAACAAUAUAGAGGCAAGGCACCUUGCCCAGAAAGAGCCACAAGGCUCUGAGAGGAAAGAAGAAACAGCGCUUCAGGUGGAAAGGCACAGGUUUGAAGGGAGCUCUUGGGCUCGGUUGUAAAAUGUUCCUUGAACCUUCUUGGAAGGCUCCAUGCUUGGCAUGUUCUCACCUCCCCUGGAACGCAGUUGCUUAAUGCUCUGCAGUUGCCCAGGUCAUUGAGAGACUCUUGAACUCCCUGCUGGCCAAGUGCAUCUAUGCAAUCCUGCCGUCCUCCUGGCUUGGUUUGACCAUCAGAAGAAGAGUUCUCGACUUCAUCCCUUUAGGUCCAAGAUCUUGGCUGUUUGUUGCAGGUCAGAGGAUGGACGGACCAAUUCACCUGCCAGCUGGCUAUUCUGCAGCCACUUGACUGCAAGACUGUGACUUCUUCUUCACUUGAGACCACUGACUACACAACCCGCUCCAUCACUCCCAUUCGUUUGGGAAUUCAGAGGUCCCUGUUUCACGUUGUGGAGAAACGUGGGGCAGGGGCAGGCAUGUUUGACUGGUUUCUUAUACAAGAGAGGCAGAACCUGAGCUGCUUUCAAGGAAAUGAUGACCCCAAGAGCAUGCUGUGACAGGAGCUGAUGUGCACAAAACUUUGCCCAGGCAUAUUGUGCUGCCUCGCUCCCCUCCUGUUUAUUUAUCUCGAGUGAUCUUUGCAAAUCCAGCCCCCCAUUUAUCUUGUUUCUCUCAGCAGCAUGAGCCCAGCAUUGUCAUUUUUCCUCCCUGCGCAGAAGAAAUGGGAUGUCACCCUUCCUAACAACAUUAAAGAAGCAUUGCUUGGA